AUGGCUGUCUGCAGGCCAAGCAUCUUAACUCGCCUGUCACACCCGACACGGCGGGUGGCCUCGCUAAGUUUUCGGGCCUCUCCAAGACAUCUAUCUUUGGCCAGUAGUCGUCCAAAGGUCGACAGAAACUCUGUACGAACGGGUUCUAUGGUAACAGCUACAGUGACACUGUAUCCGCGCUAUCUGGGAAGAAACAAUUCGACCACACCACAAACAAAACGGCCAAAAGCUGAUGAUUAUAUUCAAGAAAUUGAAGAUUUGUACGAAAUUGCAAAAGACGAGCUCGAAAUUGCCGCUGAAUCCGCAGCUGCCUGUACAAUCUACACCGUCUCGGACCGAUUAUCUCUCCGCGAAGCUUUCGAUGAUCUAGACUGUGUCUAUGCCGCGUAUACAGGCUCAAAACCGCAUCCCUCAGAUCUGGAGCAGUGGUCCAUAUCCCCACCACAAACCCGAGACCCGGAUGCCCCCACCAAUGACGGGUCAACGGGAGAUAAGGGUCAGCGGGAGGAGGAAGCGGGAACGGAGGCGAAGAAAAGGGGCACGAAAUUUAAUCCUGACGAGGUUCCGGAGGAGAUUCGGGAAGAGAUUAAGAGGAGGGUUGGGCAGAGGAUGGGGGAGUUGAGGAAUGCGGUGCAACUGCUUGAGGAGAGUGUUCGGGAGUGCUGA